AUGUACUUCUUCCUCCUCAACCUCACCCUCCUCGACCUGGGCUGCAUCUCCACCACUCUCUCCAAAGCCAUGGCCAAUUCCCUCUGGGACACCAGGGCUAUUUCCUACACGGGAUGUCUUGCACAGGUCUUUCUAUUUCUAUUCUUGUUUUCAGCAGAGUAUUCUCUUCUCACCAUCAUGGCCUACGACCGCUACAUUGCCAUCUGCAAGCCCCUGCACUACGGGAGCCUCCUGGGCAGCAGAGCUUGUGCCCAGAUGGCAGCAGCUGCCUGGGGUACUGCUUUUUUCAAUGCUGUGCUGCACACUGCCAAUACAUUUUCCCUGCCGCUCUGCCAAGGCAAUUCUUUGGACCAGUUCUUCUGCGAAAUCCCCCAGAUCCUCAAGCUUUCCUGCUCAGAUGCCUACCUUAGGGAAGUUGGGCUUCUCACGUUCAUUUCCUUUUUAGGGUUUGGGUGUUUUGUUUUCAUUCUUUCCUCUUAUGUGCAGAUCUUUAGGGCUGUGCUGAGGAUGCCCUCUGAGCAGGGACGGCACAAAGCCUUUUCCACGUGCCUCCCUCACCUGGCCGUGGUCUCCCUCUUUGUCAGCACCGGAAUUUUUGCCUACAUGAACCCCUCCUCCAUCUCUUCCCCACCCCUGAACCUGAUGGUGGCAGUUCUGUACUCCGUUCUGCCUCCAGUAUUGAACCCCUUCAUCUACAAUAUGAGGAACCAGGAGCUCAAGAAUUCAAUAUGGAAACUGCUGACAGGGUGUUUAUCAGUGACCACAGACUGUUUUCCUUUUUCUGCGGAUGACUCUCCGUGUAUGUCGUGA